GUCAUUUUUUGGAGUACAGUUUUUGUCGGUUUGUUCCGUGGUUUUUGAGGAUAAAUAUAAAACCGCACAUAUUUAUAGUUAAAACGAAAAUAUCAAAUAAUAUACAGGGUGCUCCAUUCCAAAAUUAUCUAAAUUGAUCAUAUUAAAUGAUUAUAAACUUUUAACCCACUUAAAUACUUUCGAUAUGAAAUAUUUAUUAAAACCUCAUGAAGAAACACACCUUAGAAUAAAAAAACGUAUACAAAACGCUUAUUAUUCGAGUCGUUUUUAACAAGUGACGUAACGAAUUCUUCCUCUCGACUGUUUUAUACCGGAGAACCUUCUACCAACCUUGGUACUCUCCCGUGCUCGGUAACUGUCGAUCCAAUUCGACAUUGUAUCGAUUUUUAUGGUAAACAGCAAACGAUGAUUGGUUAUAAUUGUGGGUCGUUCACAUAAUUGCCAACUCGACUGUUGAAGGUACGAUCUUUAACGAUAUGUCUCGAACAUAAGAUAACGUUUCCAAAUUUAAAAUUAUUUCGUUUAAUGAAAAUUAUAUAAUUCUAAAUCGUGUAUAUUUCAUGAACUUACUUCGUAUAAUUUAAUUUGCGUAUUUAUAAAUAACUGCAGAAUCGAUAAAAAACUUAUUAUCACAAUAAAUAUUCGAUCUUUAUGACAUUAACGCAGUUUUUGAGGUUAUGUUACUUGAUAUUGGAAUAAUAUGGUAUUUAAGUCAUUAUCUCAACCUCUGGAAUUGUUUAAUUACUUUCACAUAUUUUUGAUGAGAAAUAACUUGUUGAUAAUGUUAUUUGUUAUAUUUCAAACGUAAUCGUUUCUCCUACUUUUACAUAUUUAUAUAUGUAUCAUAAUUUAUGUAUCGUUUUUAUUCGAACGAUACCGCGGAAACAGUAACUAUACUUAAUCAUCGUGACAAUGAAACUAUUUGAUUGUUCCAAAUUUCAGUUUAGGAUUUUUCAGUACUUAGCUGCUCUUGCAGCUAAUUUGGGUAUGUUUUCUAUGGGUCUACAUUACGGAUGGCCUUCAUUAGCUAUUCCAGAUUUAACUAGCGGUAAAUAUUCAUUUAAUUUAACGGAUUCGGAAGCGUCAUGGAUUGUAGCUGUAACACCUUUGGGAUCUAUAAUUGGAGACGUAGCAGCAGGAUUCACUUUAAAUACUUUCGGUAGAAAAACAAUGAUUUGGUUCUCUUCGAUACCGUUAACAGUAUCUUGGAUAUUAAUAGCUGUAGCAACCGCCCCUGUAUAUUUAUUCGCGGCAAGAAUACUCGCCGGUAUCAUAGAUGGAUUUUUAUUCACGGCGAUUCCGCCAUAUUUGGCCGAAAUAUCAGAUCCUGAAAUAAGAGGAUUUUUAGGUACAACAUAUUUCGUUACCCUCGUAUUCGGUAUGAUGUUAUCGAACGUCAUGCUGAUGUUUAUAUCCAUCCCGACGUCGGCGUACAUAUCCGCAUCAGUAAGUCUACUGAUGUUGAUAAUACUACCGUUCCUACCGGAAAGUCCGUAUUUUUACGUAAUCAAAAAGGAAAUGUCCCUAGCGACAUCUAGCCUACAAAAAUUUCGAGGAAAAGGCGAAAUAACCGAAGAACUAGAACGCAUAUCUAACGGAAUAGAAGAAGAAAAUAAACUCGGUAAAGGCACGUUCUACGAACUCGUUUUCACACCGCAAAAUCGAAAUUGUCUUAUUUUGGCCUUAGCCAUGACGGCGUUGCAGCAACUGACCGGCAUCUUGGCGAUACAGUCUUACUGCGACAUUUUGUUUAACGAAACCAACGAUAUUCUAUCGGCGAACGUCGGCAAUUUGAUUUACUUCGUCAUUUAUUUUGUAGGAACGUCGAUCGCUUUAUUCGUAAUCGAUAUUUUCGGCAGGAAACCUCUGGUUUUAUUUUCCACUUCGAUAAUAUGCGUUACCCUUUUGACCGACGCCACUUUCUUGUAUAUUAAAAGUUCCACGGACGUGGACGUUCGAGGCUUCGACUAUGUACAGAUAAUAUCGAUAUUAAUUUACAUCGCCGCUUUUAGUAUCGGACUAAAUUGCGUUCCUAUUUUAGUUAGUAGUGAAAUUUUCCCCUCUCAUAUUAAAGGUAAAGCCUUUUGUUUGAUAAAUGUUUGUUUUAGUCUGGUGUCCAGUGGCGUCGUUCAAUUUUUUAGUUGGUCGAAGGGGUUCGGUUUGGAGGUGCCGUUUUACACUUUCGCUUUUGUUAGUUUGAUCGGUACAAUUUUUCUCGCGGUGUAUCUGCCGGAAACUAAAGGGAAAACGUUGGAAGAUGUACAAUCGCGAAUGAAAAAUUUGAGGGGGAAAAAGGGUAACGUCGUUUGAAUACGUUUUUGUAUAUUUUUAUUUGGCGGGUAGUAGAGUAUUUGUUAUCGAUUAUUAAUAUUUUCGUAUUUCUUAUAGAAGCGGACUACUGUGAUAAAAUUUGUGAAAAAUACUUUUGAUUUUAAUUGUAAUAAAUAAACAAUAAAUUUUUUUCCUUUUGACGAAA